AUGACCACGAAAGUGUCACCAUCUGAUCGAAAAAAAGCGCCACGUGUAUUUUCUUUUCAUUCCUACCGUCUUCGAAUAUGUAUUCUGAUGAUGUUAGCGUUGACAAUUACACAUUGUAUGAGACUGAACCUAACAAUUGGAAUUCAUUGCAUGGUAAACUCUACUUUGCUGCACGAAAAAUACAACACAACUCUUCAUAAGGGAUCAGAAAAUACGGGAUCUCUCGACUGGAGUCCAACCGAGCAAUCGUGGAUUUUCUCAGCCUCUUCUUACGGUUCUCUCGUUGCCACUCUUCUCUCCGGUUAUGUUGCCGAUCGAUUUCAGCCAAAGAUCGUCAUUACACUGGGAAUUCUCGGAGCAGCCAUGAUGACAGCGUUGGGUCCUCUGUUGGCGUCGAAUUCUUAUUGGGGCUUCUUUUUGAGCAGAACGAUUCAGGGAAUAUCUGGGGGUUUCAUUUUCCCAGCGGCAAGUGCGAUGGCGAGUCGCUGGUUUCCUCCGAUGGAGAAGUCGACUUUGGGAUCUAUUUAUGCAAUGGGGAAUGCGCUAGGCGGCUCAAUGGUGCCAAUGAUCGUUGCCUUCCUUUGCACAACACCACUCGGAUGGCCGUCAGCUUUUUAUGCGUUUUCAAUAGCAGCCUUUUUGUAUAUAAUACUGUGGAUUUUCUUUGUCUCAAAUCAUCCGUCAUCAAACCGGUUCAUUUCGGAACGAGAGAGGGAAUAUUUGGAGAAAGAGAUUGAUUUUCAUAGUGGCGUCAAGGGGAACCACGAGGAAAAGGGCCCUAAAAACUUCCCAUGGACGAAACUCUUCUUCUCCAUCACCCUUUUCGCCAACUAUUCUUGUCAAAUCGCGUACCAAUUCACGCAAAGCACGAUGCAGCUCUUUUUACCAAUGUACUUUAGAGACAAUUUGGGCUUCUCGAUUAAAGAGAAUGGUCUCUACACAACCCUCCCAGCCGUACUCUACGUUGUGAUGGGGCUCGUUUGGGGUGCGCUUGCUGAUUUUCUCAAAAAGAAGAAAGUUAUGAGUAAACAAAUGACGACAAAAGUUUUUCAAUCCAUCUCUUCCUUCGGCACAGCGUUUUCCCUGUUGAUGAUUUAUUUGAUUCCAUCGGAGAAACAUCCAAAUCUCGUUCUCCCGUUCUUGAUAUCAUAUGGAGUCUUGUUCCCAGCGGGUGUCGGCGGUUAUUUCACCUCCUUGCUCUCUGUCUGCCCUCGUUUUACAGGCACUGUGAUGUCAAUUAAUCGGGGCUGGGGAAUGAUCGCACAUUUGGGCACACCGAUGUUGAUGACGUUGUUGAGCUAUUUGGAUCUCUCCUACAAGUAUUUCAUUAUGUUUGGAAUGGGUGCGGCACUCGAGAUCAUCGCUGGAUCGUUGUUUAUUGUUUUUGGCGACUGUGAAGUUCAAAAUUGGGCCAAAAUCGACGCAGACCAGGCGACUCUCGACGGUGAGACAGCAGAGGAACGGAACCAGAAAAUUGCU